UAAAAGAGCAGUUAUUAUUCGUCUGGUCAGAUCGAUCGGUAGAGCGCAACGCAUGCCCAUCCCUUCUCUUCUUCCCAUCACCGCGUCCCGCUCAAGGUGAUCGGGAUUCGCUGAUUGUUUGUACAGCUAGCUCUACAAUGGAAAGAAUGAAAAGCAAAGUCUGGACAGCGAAUUGAGAACCAGCCCUAUGUGUUUGGUGGCUGGCUAGGCUACGGUUUCGUUCCAAUCUUCGAUUCUUUUAGCUUUCCACAUUGUAUCGAAAAAUCUUUCAGAGAGCGCAAAGAGGAACGAGAGAAGACACUUCCUUCCCCGUCCUUGCCUUAGCAUUUGCAGGAUCCAUGCCGUCUCUAAUGACAGGUUGGUGAAGAUAUGGUUAUUCGAUCUGGAAACUGUGGUAGAUUGGCAAGUUUCAAUUGUUUGGAUGCCCAACUUUACCGGUGUGAUAGCUCACAUCUCAGCUAAAUGCUUCUUUGGGCACUAGAUGCGCUAGUGAUAUGGUUAAACCACGCACAUGGUUUGGAGGAUUGUUCUAUCGUAAUGGCAACAAACGUUUUGAUAAUUAUGACAAGAUAACUGAGUAUAUGCUCACCCCGCUCCAGGAACGAAGACUGCAAAGGCUUAAGCAACGGCUGAAUGUCCCUUUUGAGGAAACUCGGCCCGAUCAUCAAGAUGCCCUCAAAGCCUUGUGGGAUGCUUCUUUUCCAGAGAUAAAUCUUACGGGUCUUGUCUCUGAACAAUGGAAAGAUAUGGGGUGGCAGGGUGCCAACCCAUCAACCGACUUCAGGGGCUGUGGAUUUAUUUCCCUUGAGAACCUAUUAUUUUUUGCAAGAACCUAUCCGGCUUCUUUUCAAAGGAUUUUAUUCAAACAAGAAGGCAUACGAGCUGCAUGGGAGUACCCAUUUGCUGUUGCCGGCAUCAAUAUAACUUUUAUGCUGAUCCAAAUGUUAGAUCUUUAUUCAGAAAAGCCGAGAAAUCUUCGAGGAGUGAAUUUUAUAAGAAUUCUCUCAGAAGAUGAAACAGCCUUUGAUGUAUUAUACUGUAUAGCAUUUCAGAUGAUGGAUGCACAGUGGCUGGCUAUGCGUGCUUCGUACCUACAGUUCAAGGACGUGUUGCAGGCAACAAGGAUUCAAUUGGAAAGAGAACUUGGUUUGGAAGAUGUCCAUCGAAUUCAUGAUUUACCAGCCUACAACCUUUUGUACAAAUAGAUUGAUAAAAGCUCAUUUGAAAGAUUAAAAGAAGAAUGUCCUAAAGUUUAUCUAUUCAUAAAAUGCUUAGUUUUAUGUUAACAUAUUACAAUUCAUUCAUAUGAUCUAGUUACACAUUUUGUUUAUUCAAUUUGAUAAAGGAAAGAAAUUGUAAGAAUAGCGUGCCAUAUUACAAUGCGAUGUUUUUUUGUCAUAAA